GACGAUCUUCGUCCUCACCGGAAGUGAGCAGCAGGUGCCAGCGGAAGUGAGUGUGGUCCGCCCCGCUGAAUGAACAGAGCCGAGACAUCUCCAAACCGCUCAUCUCUGCACGAUCCGUCCCUUUUUCAGCCGAUAAAACACUCUCUAAGUGUCUGAAAAUGAGCACUGCUGUCCCCAACCACAGACGGGUCAAACCUGGAGCCAUAAAGCCCGGGGCAGGGUCCAUCGGAGUGACCGGCCCCAGCUCCCAGAUCCCCGGCCUGUCCCAGAACUCCGCCGACAUCUCCCCGACGGAGCGCAUCAGCUGCAGACGGGUGGGCAUCUUCGAGAGCGACUCAGACUACGUCAAACUGGCCAAGCAGGGAGGACAUAAAGGUCUGCUGAGCCACGACGUUGUUGACGACGCACCCAAGAAGGCCUACUCCCCAUCUAACUUUUUUGGCAACGAUGAGUCCAAAAGUGGAAGUAACGGCAGCUCUCCCGACGGCCAGCCCAAGGGAAGGCAGCCCCUCACUGCCCCCUUCGGCACCGAUAACGAGGUGCCCUGGGAGAAGGAGUCUGAUAGGUUUUCUGGUACCAAGAAGGCGUCUCCGGAUGGUGCGGUCCAGCAGAUGGAGGCCAUGUCCAUAACCCACAAGUACAAGAGAACGUCUUAUGAGAAGAAGGCUCCUCCGGUCAGCAUGACCAAACUGCUGAGUCAUGGUUACGUGGAGGAGAAGAAGUCCCCGGACGACGACACUUCAAGCGUGACGUCGGAGAUGACCAGCACCCUGGCCACAGACGACGUGGGCGUGGACGACCUGGAGUAAGCCACGCCCAUCCCCGCGGGGUCGCUCGCCAAACGCCACCAAGCGCACCCACCCCGCAUUCACUGUCCAUCUGCUGACUGUUAGCUUUCCACUUAUGUUUAUGCUACGGUACUUCCCUCUUAUUUAUUUGCUUAACCAUGUAAACAAAAACGAUUUUCUUGGAUGUUUCUUGUGACCUGAAAACGUGUUGUGCAUACUCGAUUUGAGCGACUCCUCCAGGGAAAGAGCGUCCUUCUCUGCUUGUAUGAAGAUCGAGGAUGUGAAAAGUGUUAGUGCUUUAAGUGAUAAGUGUAAUAAUAAUAAUAAUAUAAUCUCAUUUGUUUGUUUCUCUGGACAGUUGGCGCUGCAUGGAUUAGACCAGGUUCACAGGGCCACUAUGAGUACAGAUCCAAAUCAGAGCUUGACGUCAAAUCUUACUGUUGCUGACCGUGGAUCUAUAAUAAAAACCUGAUAAGACACUCCCAGUCUGUCCUGGCGUGAGUUCGAUUAGGGGCCGCUCCGUAGAUUCUGCAUCUCCAGCUUAGAAAGGAUUGUCCCGUAGAGCGUUGUGUAUUUUUUAUGAAAUCGAACUCAUAAAACUGAUCGAUUCUGUAAGGAUUCAUCUCUUUUCACAACAUGAACUUUUUAGAUUUUUUAUCCUCAAAGCGCCUAAAAGUUAGCUUUGUAAGACUUCACCUAGCCCCGCUCUGAGCUAGGCGAAGCUCCACUGCGCUAGCUCCACUCCACCCGCCAUCGCGCUAAGUGGUCAGAAUUACUGUGCAAAUAUUUCGAAAUUAAUGCGAAAUAAAUGUUUUUUGUUUGUUUUUUGGGACAUCUUCCAGAUCUUAUUAUAGUUCCAUGUUGCUAAUUCACAAAAUGCUAGUAGAUUUUAGCUAGUACUUGCACUUUCCAAGAUGUGAUCUGUUGGCAUUCAUUAUUUUCAUGCUUAUAAUUUAAUUUACAUUUAGAGAAAUAUUUAAAAGUCCACUGUGUAACUUUUUUUGGUUGAGAACGUACCACCUCCCAGUCUUUACAGAGAUCAUAGCGCUUUGCCUGGAAAUUUCCACAGUAUUACAUUAAACAAAUCUUUCAUUUUUAUUCAUUUACAGGUUUAGCCUCAUGGUUAGUGUUAGUGGGCGUGCCUCUUCACAGAUCUGACCUGUAGCACCCGCUUUUUUCCAUGGAGAUUGAUAAGGAACGUUCCAUACAAAGCGGUAACAUCUCUAUGGAGACGAGUACGUGAUAGACCCUCCGACAGAAUAGUUACGUGCUUUAAAAACAUCUGAAAAAUCUGAAAAUUAAGAAAUUAUUUGUUGAUUUGAUCUGAACAUUUUCCAUCACAAAGUUGACGUCAAGCCCUGAUUCCCAGUAUUAAACUACUGACACACAUAAAAGCGUAUUUUCAAUGUCUUAACCUCGCCUUCUAUUUGUAUGGUGCUGAUUAAUGUGAAUAACUUUUUCACCAAAACACGCUAUGCCAGAUUUUAAGUGAGCUUCAUCGCUACAGGAAAACAGUGUAACAACAUUAUACUUAGUUUAGUGUAUGAAUUUUUGAAAAUGUGGAACAAAUUUGCUUUUCUGUUUCAUUUUAUGCAACAACUUUACAAUUGUUUUGCCGGCUGAAGAACGACGGUGCCAAAAGUCUUGAUGCCUGUUGAGUUGACCUGGUGCUGCGUGUUGGCUCUGUGUGCUGAGGGGGAUGUACAGCUCCAGUGUUGUUCAAUAAAGGCAUGUGCAUGU